GGGCCCUGGGCGCUGCCGGGGGGGAGCGGCUGCGGGGAGGGGUCCGCGGGGGGCUCUGACCGAGGCCGGGGGUGAUCGCCAGUGAAGGGGACCGGGGCGGGGAUCAGGGAGGGCGAGGCAAAGCCGGGGUCGUGGCCAAGGCCCGUCACCCAGGGAGCCCGCGCCGCCCUGCCCGGCCCUGCCCGGCCCUGCUCCCCGCUGUGGAUCCCGAUCCCGAUCCCGAUCCCGAUCCCGAUCCCGGCCCCGACCGGACCCCGCCCCGGCUGUGGGCGGGGCCUGGCUCCGCGAGCGCUGGUUGGACGCCAGGGAGGGGGUGCGGGAACACGCGAAGGGACCGGGCGCUGGUUGGACGCUGGGCGGAGGGGGCGGGCACAGGGGCAGGGCCCGGGCGCUGAUUGGGCACCGGGCGGAGGAGGCGGGCACAGGGGCAGGGCCCGGGCGCUGAUUGGACGCCUCGCGGAGGGGGCGGGCACGGCGGCGGCCAUGGCGGGCGCGGCGCUGUCGCGGGUGCCGGACGUGCAGAUCGAUGGCGACGGCGUCUUCAAGUACGUGCUGGUGCGGGUGCGCGGGGCCGGCGCGCCCGCCAAGGACGUCGUGCGAGGCCACGGCUGGGCCGAGUACCACGCCGACUUGUUCGAGCGCACCGCGGAGGAGCUGGCUCCACUCGGGCUGAGCUGCGAGUGCCUGGGCGGCGGCCGGCUGUCCCACCGCCCCCAGGAGAGGAAGAUCCACGUCUACGGCUACUCGGUGGGCUUUGGACGAGCUGACCACGCUGUGACCACAGAGAAGCUGAAGGCCGAGUACCCCGACUAUGAGGUCACCUGGGCAGAUGAAGGGUACUGACUCCUCUGUCUGUGGUGCCAGCCGAGGACUGGCACAGCUGUAUGCAGCGCCCUGGUGGUGGCAGCAGGCUCCCCGUGCUUGGCCGUGCUCCAGGCUCUUCUGAUUUUCCUCUGUGCUGAACUUGCCCGUUCUCCGCUGUCACUGGACUGUCCCCGUGCCAGGUGCUCCCACCCCCCUGGCAUGGCAAAGCUGGUGAAGCCAGUGGUUGCUCUGCCCCAGCCUCCUGGUGCCAGAGGCUCGUCCACGUGUAUCUGUGAGAAUUAAAGUUGUCAGAGGAGCACAGCUGCUCUGGUGGCCAUGCUCACGGCUCGGCUGCUCCUUUCCAGCC